AUGCGUCACCACGGCCGUGACGCCGAGAGGAGAGAGAGCGAUUUAACAAUAGACGCCGCGCCACCCGCCGCCGACGACGAAACCCGCGCCCUGGGCGCCUUUGGCCAAGAUGUCAAAGUCCACCGGGCCUUUGAAGAGCUGGCGCACGCGAAACGCGGCCUGAAGCAGCGGCACAUCCAGAUGAUCGCCCUCGCCGGCACCAUCGGCACGGGACUCUUCCUCGCGACGGGCCGGGCUCUCGCCAACGGAGGGCCGCUAGGCCUGCUCCUGUCGUACGCCAUCGUAGGCGUGCUCAUGUGCGCCGUCGUCGUGUCCAUCGCCGAGCUGAGCGCCCUCGUCCCUCUGUCGGGCGGCGUCGUCCGCCACGCCGAGUGGUUCGUCGACCCGGCCCUGGCCUUUGCCCAAGGCUGGAACAGCACCUAUGCGAACGCGAUCCUGCUGCCGGCCGAAAUGGUCGCGUGCGCCGUCAUCAUCGACUACUGGACGCACGUCAACCACGCCGUGUGGAUUACCCUCCUCGGCGGCCUCUUGAUCGCGAGCAACCUGCUGCUCAUUGGCGUCUACGGCGAGCUCGAGUUUGUCCUUGCCCUGCUGAAGAUCGCCCUCAUCGUCGGCGUCAACGUCAUGAGCAUCUGCAUCACGGCCGGCGCAGGACCGCACGGCGAGCCCAUUGGCUUUCGCUUCUGGAGGAGCCCGGGGCCGUUUGUCCAGUACGCCGGCAUCCCCGGCUCCUGGGGCCGGUUCGUCGGCUUCUGGCGCGUCCUGGUCAGCGCGGCGUACGCCUUCUCCAACGUCGAGAACAUCUCCGUCGCCGGGGCGGAAACGCAGAACCCCCGGCGCAACAUCCCCCGCGCGGCCAGGCGCGUCUUCUGGAGAAUCAUGGUGUUUUACAUGCUCACCGUCUUCUGCAUCGGGCUCAUCGUCUCGUCGGCCGACCCGGCCUUGACGGCGCGCUCCGGCGAUGCUGGUGCCUCGCCGUUUGCCAUUGCCGCCACCAACGCCGGCAUCAAGGCUGUGCCGUCCAUUAUCAACGCCGUGGUCGUGACGAGUGCCUGGAGUGCCGCCAACUCUGCCAUGCUCGUGGGGACGCGAACCCUCUAUGGCCUUGCUCUCGAGGGACAUGCGCCCAGCUUCUUCAAGCGUACCAACCGCUUCGGCACUCCGUGGCUUUCUGUGGCCGCGGUGGGAUCGCUCAUGGUGCUGGGCUAUCUGACGCUCUCGUCCGCGGCGUCAGUCGUCUUUGGUUGGAUGCAGGCCCUUGUCUCGGCGGCCUCGUUUGUGCACUGGAUCAACAUUGAGAUUGUAUACCUCCGCUUCUACUACGGCUGCAAAGCGCAGGGCAUCAGUCGAGACGAGCUUCCCUGGAAAGGCCCUCUCCAGCCGUAUGCGGCAUGGACUGCCCUGGUGUCGUUUACCAUUCUCCUGAUCACCGGCGGAUUCUUCGUCUUCAUCGACGGUCAUUGGAGCGCUCAGGGCUUCGUAUCAUCCUACUUUAACAUCCCUCUCAUUCUCAUUCUCUACUUUGGAUACAAGUACUGGCGCAAGACAACGCUGGUGUCGCUGCACGACAUGCCGAUUCGGGGAUUCCUGGACGUGGCCAGCCAGAACCCAGAGCCUGUCGAGCCACCCGCCAAGGGAUGGGCCAAGCUGAACAUUCUGUGGGCGUAA